AUGCGGGCUGCGGCAGCGGUGGCCGCCGCCGUGGCGGCGCUCCUGCUCUUUGCAGUGGCCGCCCUGCCCACUCAGGACCCGGGCGCCUCAGUGGGGCCAGUGCAAGCCGUGCGCGAGCUUCUGGGGGCAGGGGCAUCAGGCAGCGAGGCGGCUGCCGCCGCCGCCGCCGCCCGCCGCAACGCCGCGGGCCUCCCGCUGCUCACCCCCACCAAGACCCAGCUCUCCACCGGGCACGAGCUGUUUUACGAGUCCCCUCCCCGCCCUGUCGGCCUGCUGCUGAUACUGCACAAGUGCGGGCGCUCGGGGAGCGACCACUGGCCGCGCUCCCAGCCCUGCCCCGACUGCCUCGGCCUGCCCCACAGCCUGGCCAAGACCAAGCAGGCGCUGUCCCGCGGCUACGCGGUAGCCGCCAUGAGCAGCCUGGACCGGCGGGCCGGCGGCGGCGGCCGCUGCUUUGCGUGGGCCGCCGACGCGCGGGCGGCGGCAGAGGUCGUGCGCUCCCUGCCCCGCACGCUGCGCCUGCCGGCGGGGGCGCCGGUGUACGUGGAUGGAGCCUCCUCAGGCGGAUCCAUAGCCCUGCGCCUGGCCAGCAUCGUGGACUUCAAUGGGGCGAUAGGAGAGGUCAUCGCGCCACCCGGGCUGCCGGAGAUGUUGGAAAAGAUGGAGGCGGACCUGUUCCCCUCCAUCUCCCCCACCCUCUCCGCCAGCCUGCACCAGCAGCUGGAGCAGCUGGGGCUGCUGGAUGCCAAAGGCUUCAUUUCAGCCGACCCCGGUACCGCGGCGUGGGAUACCUUCAAGAGCCAGGUGGCCAGCUUCGCUGCGCUGCGCAAGCUGCUGACCGGCAUGAAGGCGGCGCAGCGGGAGCAGGAUGUGCGGCUGGUGGACAAGCACAUCUGGGAGUGCAUCUUGCUGGCCUGGGCGCGGCACGAGACGGUGGGGGAGCACAUGACAGCGGCCCUGGUGUGGCUGGAGGGCGGCGGCCGGCAGGACAUCGGCCGCCUGGUGUCACGGUACCGCCCCGCCCGCCUGGCGGCGCUGGCCGUCAACACCUCCGGCCCCGCCUGGCGCGUGGCGCCGCCCUCCCCGCCGCCGCCGGCGUGA